GCUUGGAAGGUGGAGGGCGAGGCGGCGACAUGAUCCCCAAAAAUGGAAUGAAGGAAAGGGAAGCAAUUGGCAGUAAGCUUAGCUAGUUAAAAAAAUAAAACGCGGCUUCCCCAUCUUGCGACUCUCAUUUUGUUUUGCCCCUUUUUUUAAUCGGUAUGCGUGAUGCGUGAUCAUCAUGUAACUGUCAUUAUUGUCCACUUUAGCAACCAAACCAAAUGCCCACUUGCCCAAUUUAGUGUGUCUUUCCCGAAUUAAAAUAAUUAAAAUAAUAAUAUAUACAUGCCAGAAUUGAGAAUCCCCUUCCAGAGGGAACUUCAACUAUUCCAUGACCAUCAUUAUCCCCAUCUUUUAUUAUUUUAUUCAUUCAUUCAUUCAUUUCAUUCGACCAUAUUCACAUGGUGUUUCUUUGUUUUUAUAGUGCCCAACAUUUAUUUACUUAUUUAUAAAUUUUAUAUAUAAUACAAGUUUGGUGUUAUGGCGGUCCCCUCCUCAGUGAUGAGUAGUAGUAGCAGCAGUGCUGAGUGCUGAACUUGGAAGUUGGAUUUGGAUUUGAGGGUUUCAAUUUCUGGGGGGGACACACAUAAGAUUGCCGUUGAUCGAGGUUUUCUUUCAUGAAUAGAGCUUCUUCUUCUUCUUCUUCUUCUUCAACUGCAGCAGGCACUUGCUUAUUUUAAAGCCCAGCUUUUUCUUCCAACUUCCUCUCCUCAUUGUUAACAACACUACAAGGCUUCUUCUUUCUUUUCGGUGAAAAUGUCAUCCUCAAGGCCUAGCCAAUCUUCUAGCAAUUCGGGGAGAUCAAGACAUAGCGCUAGGAUUAUUGCUCAGACCACUGUAGAUGCAAAGCUCCAUGCUAGUUUUGAGGAGUCUGGUAGUUCCUUUGACUACUCUAGUUCGGUGCGCGCCUCCGGCUCAGCUGAUGGAGAAAAUCAACCAAGAACAGAUAAAGUAACAACAGCUUACCUCCAUCACAUACAGAAAGGCAAGAUGAUUCAGCCCUUUGGGUGCUUGCUGGCCUUGGAUGAGAAAACAUGCAAGGUGAUUGCUUACAGUGAGAAUGCACCAGAGAUGCUGACCAUGGCGAGUCAUGCUGUUCCCAGUGUUGGUGACCACCCUGCCCUUGGCAUUGGCACCGACAUAAGAACUAUUUUCACUGCUCCAAGUGCUUCGGCAUUGCAGAAAGCACUAGGAUUUGGAGAAGUUCAUCUUCUUAACCCCAUCCUAGUUCAUUGCAAGACUUCUGGGAAACCCUUCUAUGCUAUUCUCCAUCGUGUUACUGGUAGUUUGAUUAUUGACUUUGAGCCCGUCAAGCCUUAUGAAGUUCCUAUGACUGCAGCAGGUGCUCUGCAAUCCUACAAGCUUGCUGCGAAAGCAAUCACCCGAUUGCAGUCUUUGCCUAGUGGGAGCAUGGAAAGGCUAUGUGAUACAAUGGUUCAAGAAGUUUUUGAACUCACGGGUUAUGACAGGGUGAUGGCUUAUAAAUUUCAUGAGGAUGAUCAUGGGGAAGUGAUUGCUGAGUUAACAAAGCCAGGACUUGAACCAUAUCUUGGUUUGCACUAUCCGUCCACUGAUAUUCCCCAGGCUGCACGUUUUUUGUUCUUGAAGAACAAGGUCCGUAUGAUUGUUGAUUGUCAUGCAAAACAUGUAAAGGUUGUUCAAGAUGAGAAGCUGCCAUUCGAUUUGACUUUGUGUGGUUCAACCUUAAGAGCUCCUCAUAGUUGCCAUUUGCAAUACAUGUCAAACAUGGAUUCAAUUGCUUCCCUAGUUAUGGCAGUUAUAGUCAAUGACAGCGAUGAAGAUGCGGACAACUCUGAUGCUGUUCAGCCACAAAAGAGAAAGCGACUCUGGGGCUUAGUUGUUUGUCAUAACACUACUCCCAGGUUUGUUCCUUUUCCUCUAAGGUAUGCUUGUGAGUUUCUGACACAAGUAUUUGCCAUCCAUGUCAACAGAGAAAUAGAGUUAGAAUAUCAGAUUACUGAAAAGAAUAUCCUUCGCACUCAGACGCUCUUGUGUGAUAUGCUGAUGCGAGAUGCACCCCUAGGAAUUGUAUCACAAAGCCCUAAUAUAAUGGACCUAGUUAAAUGUGAUGGGGCUUCCCUCUUGUAUAAAAACAAGGUAUGGAGAUUAGGAGUAACACCUACUGAAUCUCAUAUAAGAGAGAUAGCUUUGUGGUUGUCUGAGCACCAUAUGGAUUCCACAGGUCUUAGUACAGAUAGCUUGUAUGAUGCCGGGUUCCCAGGGGCUCUGUCUCUUGGUGAUGUAGUAUGUGGAAUGGCAGCGGUUAGAAUAACUGAGAAAGACAUAGUUUUCUGGUUUCGAUCACACACAGCUGCAGAAAUCAGAUGGGGCGGUGCAAAGCAUGACCCUGGUGAAAAGGACGACGGCAGGAGGAUGCAUCCACGGUCAUCUUUCAAGGCUUUCCUUGAAGUUGUUAAGUCAAGGAGCUUACCGUGGAAAGACUACGAGAUGGAUGCUAUUCAUUCAUUGCAGCUAAUACUCAGAAAUGCAUUCAAAGAGAUGGAUAGUAUGGACAUAACCACAAAUGCAAUAAAUACAAGGCUGAAUGAUUUGAGGAUUGAAGGGAUGCAGGAACUGGAAGCCGUGACGAGUGAGAUGGUUAGAUUAAUUGAAACUGCAACAGUACCUAUUCUGGCUGUAGAUGUUGAUGGGCUGGUUAAUGGAUGGAAUAUAAAGAUUGCCGAAUUGACUGGCCUUUCGGUUGGUGAUGCUAUAGGGAAGCAUCUUCUCACGCUCAUUGAGAACUCUUCAGUUGGUAUAGUCAAGAAGAUGCUUGAGAUGGCAUUGAAAGGUGAAGAAGAGAAAAACGUCCAAUUUGAGAUCAAAACACAUGGGUCUAAAGUUGAUUGUGGUCCUAUUAGAUUGGUAGUUAAUGCUUGCGCAAGCCGGGAUAUUCAUGAUAAUGUUGUGGGGGUUUGUUUUGUGGCCCAAGACAUCACAGCUCAGAAGACUGUCAUGGAUAAAUUUACCCGAAUUGAAGGUGAUUACAAGGCGAUUGUACAGAAUCCCAACCCAUUGAUCCCCCCAAUAUUUGGAACUGAUGAAUUUGGCUGGUGUUGUGAGUGGAAUGCAGCUAUGACAAAGGUGACCGGAUGGAAGAGAGAAGAGGUGAUGGAUAAAAUGCUUUUAGGAGAGGUUUUUGGGACUCAGAUGGCUUGUUGUCGUCUUAAGAACCAAGAAGCUUUUGUUAAUUUUGGUAUUGUACUUAAUAAAGCCAUGACCGGUUUGGAGACAGCAAAGGUUGCUUUUGGUUUCUUUGCUCGUAGUGGGAAGUAUGUAGAAUGCCUGCUUUCGGUGAGUAAAAAAUUGGACGUCGAAGGUGUAGUUACUGGGGUCUUCUGCUUCUUGCAGCUAGCUAGUCCAGAGCUGCAACAAGCAUUGCAUGUUCAGCGAAUAUCUGAACAAACUGCCUUGAAGAGACUGAAAGCUUUAACUUAUAUGAAGAGGCAGAUCAGGAAUCCUUUAUCCGGGAUGAUGUUUUCGCGGAAAAUGUUGGAGGCCACUGAGUUGGGAACGGAACAAAAGCAACUCCUACACACCAGUGCUCAGUGCCAGUGCCAGCUUAGCAAAGUUCUUGAUGACUCAGAUCUUGACAGCAUCAUUGAUGGUUACUUGGAUCUUGAGAUGGCUGAAUUCACUCUGCAUGAUGUAUUGGUUGCUUCCCUUAGUCAAGUAAUGGCAAAGAGUAACACCAAAGCUAUCCGAAUAGUCAACGAUGUCAAAGAGCAAAUUGUGACAGAAACCUUAUACGGUGAUAGUCUUAGGCUUCAGCAGGCCAUAGCUGACUUCUUAUUGAUUUCCAUAAACUUCACACCCAAUGGAGGUCAAGUUGUAGUAACAGCCACUCUGACCAAAGAACAAAUAGGGCAAUCUGUCCAUCUUGUUAAUUUGGAGCUCAGCAUAACACAUCCUGGUAGUGGGGUGCCAAGAAGGUAUAAGCCUUCUCAUAAGCAGAAAACUUCUAAAGCUGAUGAAUGGAGAUGUGCGUUAUGUAAGGGAAGCAGGCAAAUCAUCUUUUAUCCUAUCUGCUGAACUUGCCGCAGCUCAUAAGUUGAAAGAUUAGAAGUUUUGGCCAAAAAAGGUUAGUUAAUAAGAUGUUACAAGAUAAUGUGCUUUUUGUACAUCAGAAAGUGACUGGAAUGAGAAAUCAGUUGCAUUCCUUUGUGCCUCUAGUUUGUUUCUGUAACUUAUUGUAACGCAUGCUGUAGAUAUGUAUUAAUUUCUUUCUCAUUCCUUCAUCAGUUCUUGCACUAGCGCUAGACACUGUUAACGACAUUGAUUUUUUAGGUCGGUUGUUGUCACGAAUCGCACUUCAGUUUGUUGGUUUGCAAAUUUAAGCUCUCUUCGCCA